AUGAAAAUUCAAAAAAAACUACUAACUUCUUAUUGUAUUACCUAACUUAGAUUCUUAGCCCAUUUAAAUUCGUUAAGAAUAUCAGAUGGAGUCUUAAUAGUAUUAGGUUAUGUGGAAGGAAUUAGUAUUUUGAGAAUGGUUAUGAAAAAUAAAGUAAAACCUGUGUUAAUGGUGGAUAAAUUAGACAGAGCUAUUUUAGAAUUACGAGAGGAUAGUGAGACUAUGUAUAAUUGAAUUUAUAAAAAAAAUUUGUAUAAAUAAUAGAACAAAAAAUGGUGAGCUUGUUUGGAUAUUUAUAAGAUGAUAUUGAUGAUUUAUUGUUACAACUAGAAUAAAGAACAGUGUCAUUUAUUUAGAUCAGGAAAGGAAGUCUGGCCAGUAACAUGCACUAAAUUUGCUAUAUUAUAUACAUCAAAAUUCAAUACAGAAUCUUAGAAUUUAUAAGAAUUGUUUGA